AUGCUCAUCAAAGUCCGAACACUGACCGGCAAGGAAAUCGAGCUUGAUAUCGAGCCCGAGUACAAAGUAUCGCAAAUCAAAGAAAAGGUCGAGGAGAAAGAGGGUAUACCACCUGUACAACAACGUCUUAUCUUUGGCGGGAAGCAGAUGGCCGAUGACAAGACGGCCGCGGAGUAUGAUCUCGAGGGGGGAGCGACGCUACAUUUGGUUCUUGCGCUUAGAGGGGGGUGUUAG